GUGCUCCGCGGGGCUCCGAGGCGCGUGCGCAGGCGCGAAGCACUCCGUUGAGAAGGUGCCGCGGCGGCGCCCGAGAUGUGAAAUCAAACCAACUCGUGUGCGUCAGCAUGGAGAUCUUGGAGAUUUACCUGAGCACCGAAUUCAUGUGUGUCUUAUCUCAGAGGCCUCUGAUGGACAGCAGAAUAUUUUCUCAGCCUUGAACUUUAGCAGAGGGAAGCUUUAAACAUGUGGUUUAACCACGGACCGAGUUUGAAGAAAGAUAUUUAAAAUCAUUACGGAGAGGAAAACAAUACUUUUUUGCUCAAUUGUGCACUCUCCCAGUGACUUGGUGAGAGGUGGGGAGGAAGCCUGGUGGAGCUGAAAGUGUGAAUGAGUGUGGGCUUAUAGGCAGCCUCACUCUCCCACUGUGGACAUGCCCCCAGAUCAGCCCUUACUCCCCUGAAGACCAGCUCCCAAACCUUAAAACUCAAAACUGGUCAGAUGAUGGAUGAGUCAGAUGAUGAUUUUAAAGAACUCUGUGCCAGCUUUUUCCAAAGGGUGAAAAAAAAUGGAACCAAGCAAGUGUCAGGAGAAAGGAAGACAAAAAAGGCCUCAGACAGCACUCAGAUAAGAAGCAAAUUGAAAAAAACCAAACAAUCCACAGCCAAGAGCAAAACACUUCAUGACUCUGCAGGGAAGAAAUCUCAAUUAGGCAGCCAGGCCCCUAGCACUAAAAGGCCAGAGGCAACCAAUUUGCAAGAAAGUGAACCAGCUCUGUCUGUAAAUGGGGAGGGAGGAGUGCUUGCUUCUUCCCUGAAUCAACCCAAGCUCCAGGAAAGAGCACAGAGCAUCCAGACAGAGAAUGCUCCCAGUGGGGAUCCCCACCCUGCUCCAACCUGCUUGACAACAGCCGUGCCAAGUCCCUCCAAGCCCCGAGCCGCAGAGCUGGUUCUCCAGCGGAUGCAGCAGUUUAAGCGAGCAGACCCGGAGCGUUUGAGGCAUGCUUCAGGAGAGUGCUCCGCGGAGGCCACACUGGAAGAGAACAGCCCAAAGAGCCCUCAAGAAGAGAUGGUGGCGGGAAACGGGUAUGUGUCCAGGCUGCCUGCCACAGACAGCGAUGCUGCAGUGGCCUUGGCCCUGCAGCAGGAAUUUGGAAGGGAAGCAGCAUCUGCAUGCGAUGGUAGCCUGGAGGAGAAGGGGUUGUUCUUCUGCCAGAUGUGUCAGAAGAACCUCUCAGCCAUGAAUGUGACCCGGAGGGAGCAGCAUGUGAACAGGUGCUUGGAUGAGGCUGAAAAGGCACUAAAACCUUCCACACCUCAGAUCCCUGAGUGUCCCAUUUGUGGCAAACCGUUUCUCACCUCCAAGAGCAGAAUCAGUCACUUGAAGCAGUGCGCGGUGAAGAUGGAGGUGGGCCCCCAGCUCCUGCUGCAGGCUGUGCGGCUGCAGACAGCUCAGUCUGAGGCAGGUGAUGGCCCUCCAGCACCCAGCUUCAGCAGCUGCACAGAGGGUUUGAAACGGAAAGGAGCCACCAACAAGAAGGAGCCACAGAAGAGGGGGAAGGUCAGCAAGCCCAGCCUGCCAUCCGAGGACUUGCUGGUGGCCAUGGCUCUGUCCCGAUCUGAGAUGGAGCAGCGUCCAGCCGUGCCUGCACUCAGACUGGAAAACGCUUUUUCUGACAAGAUGAGACCAGGAACAGAGAAGAGGAGUCGCAAGAAGAAACCCCCAGCAUCCCCGCCACGGGUGUUAGUCCAGGAUUCUGAGACCACAGGUAGACAAAUUGAGGACCGCAUGGCCCAGAUGCUUUCAGAGGAAGUGGAGCUGUCCAGCACGCCACCACUUCCUGCCAGCAGGAUUUCCACAGGAAAAUGGGAAGAGGGCUGGCAUCUACAGCUGCCUAGAGGAAAGCGGAAUUUCCUGUGGAGAAGUGCCCUGACCGGGGCCUGGGCUGUGGAGUCCUUCUACACCAUGGCCCUGGUCCCUCCCAUCGUACCCCAGCAGUCGGCCAAGGAACCUGAGUUACCACUGAUGCUGCCCAAGCAGCCAGAGCCAGGUGUGCAAAAGCCUCCUGCUUUCCAGAGCAGCCACCCUGCAGGCCUUGGCCCCAGGGACCUGUUGCUGUCUGCCAGCCAGAGGGAGCACCAAGCCCUGCAGGACCUGGUGGACCUGGCGGAAGAGGGGCUGAGCACCAGCCCGCAGUCCUGCAGCAGGGUUGCCGGUGAGACCUCAGAUGGGGCUAGAUUGGGGCCCAGCAGUCUUCCACUGACUGGCUUUGUCCUGCCACUCAAAGAGAAGCCUCUCGAGAGAGGUGACCACACUUUGGUCCCCUUGGGGCUGCUGGCUGCUGACUUCAGUGCCAUGGUCAAUAACCCACACCUGAGUGACGUCCAGUUCCAAGUGGACAGUGGGGAAGUGCUUUAUGCCCACAAGUUUGUGCUUUAUGCCCGAUGUCCACUUCUCUUUCAGUAUGUGAACAAUGAAGGCUUCUCUGCCGUAGAAGACGGCGAUCUGAACCAGCGUGUCCUGCUGAGCAAUGUGAGCUCCGAGGCCGCCUGCGCCUUCCUCCACUAUCUCUACACAGCGGACACUGGCCUGCCUCCGCGCCUGGUCCCUGCCCUGAGCUCCUUGGCCCUCAGGUUUGGCGUGAACGACCUCGCUCACCUGUGUGAGCAGGUGCCUGUCCCCAUGGUCGAGGGCGAACGGCAGGAAGAGGAAGAGGAGCAUUGUGACAGCAGAGUGGAGAGUUUCCAGGGACUCUUGAGGGCAGUGUGGGCAGAGGAGGAGGAGGAAACGGAGACUCUGCUUGAAUCUGAGCGCCAACAAGAAGACAGGGAACAGGUCAAUGAAGCAGAAAUGGAAGAAAUUUAUGAAUUUGCAGCUACUCAGCGAAAGCUACUCCAGGGGGAGAGAGCACCAGACACAGAGGAGGACAGUGACCAACCCGGGGAGGACAGUCCAGUGACUGGGCCCAUGCUGGCAAGGGUCCAGGGUAAUGAACAGUUGGAAAAGCCAAUGGAGUUGCCUGGGCCUGGAAAAGAAGAGGCCCCAGCCCUCUGGGGAAACGGAGGACAUUCCCUUCUGCUGCUCCCAGGCCGGCAUUCAGUCAGCACGGGAGAGGCAGAGACCCAUGAGCAGAGGUGCCCACAGACGCACCUAGCCAUGGCCUCUCUGGGGGCUGCUGGGCAGGGAAAAAAGAAGGCUUCCUUUUGCAUUCAGUCGAGAUCUGUGAUCAGGAACAGGUCUUUUCAUCAGCUCAAGAAUCUGGACUGUCCCAAAUAAUAAGCAGUCAUGAUGAGCAGAGGGACACUGUCCAGGAGAGGCAGAUGGAGAUGGCCUGUCCCCUGGCUGCACAGCAGAUGCUCCUGCCCACACCCAUGCUGCCCACUGUCACAGCCCCUGGGAGGCAGGAGUCCUGGCCAGUCGCAGCUUCACCUUCACGUGGGUGACUCCUCCCCAGCGACACCUCAGUCACACAGUGGUGUUUCUUGGGUGGCCGCCCCAGCAUCACCAUCUCCAUUGGACCCUUCCAGGCAGAAGAGGGACACUAGCAUUCUCACAUCACGUACAGAGCCAGGUCACUGCAGAGGCGAAGGGUGUACUUCCAUGUUAGAAGGCAAAAAUAAGGGUGUCCUGAUUUCUCCAGAAAAAUCUUCUCCCAUUGACCUGACCCGAUCUCAGUCUGACCUCUCGAGCACCAGGUCCCAGCAGUUUCCAUCCCAUGUGAGCAAAGAGAAUGAGGUCAUCCUUUUACUGGAUUCAGAUGAAGAGUUGGAACUAGAACAGACCAAAACAAAGUCCAUUUCUAAUGACCCAGAAGAAAGGAGAGUUCUGGAAUUCAGCCCCAGGUCCUCUGAGCUGUUUUCAGUCAUCGAUGUUGAUGCAGAUCAGGAACAUUGUAGCCCACCGAGAGAAACUGAGACACAGCAGGAGGAAGGAGAGGGAGAGUUAGAGAAUCCGGACAUGUUGGGCCCUGGAAGGGCCCCCUGGUUGUUCAGUGACCAGGAGAGCAGCCUGGAUGAGGACAGCACAGACACCUCAUGGCUGGUGCCUGCCACCCCACUGGCCAGUAGGAGCCGUGACUGCUCAUCACAAACACAAAUCACAAGCCUCAGGACCAGGAUUCCAGAGGAUAAGGUGGGUCGGCACACGCCCAGCGCCGCCUCAGGACACAGGGCAGUGCAGGAAGCUGCGCAGUUUUCAGUGAUCAUGCCCCAGACGUCGCCUGACAGCAGAAGGCAGGCCUACGGGAGCCCUCCCCGUCCCCCGCCCCAGGUACCACUCGCUCUCUUUGCCUCCACAAGUGAGGUGGUGGAAGUUGGGGACAGUGAAGAUGAGCAGGAGGUGACCUCCCAUCAGGUAAACAGCAGUCCGCUGCUGGGACGGUGACCCCCAGUUCCCGUGGAUGACCGUUGUUGGCAUGUUGAGCCACUCUCACCAAUUCCAAUUGACUACUUGAACCUGGAACGCACUGGCCCCCUGAGCACCAGCAGUCCAGGACGGACCCAGGAGGCUCUGGACAGCAGUGUGCACUCCCCAGGACUCCCAGGCACCACUCCAGUUCGAGGAAGCUGUGCUGCCCAUAGAAAAUCUCAGCAGCAGUCCCCACAAGCCAGUUCCUCAGGGAGCAGCAGGCUGAGCUUUCUGAAUCCAGCCCUGUGGGACAACUGGGAUGGGGAAGAGCAGAAGUCCCCAGAGGCUCCACCUACGGCCCAGACACCAAGUGCCCGAGCUCAGCCAUCAGAAGGGCCAGAGACGCCACAAGGUGCUAAUCAGAAGAAGAACUUGCCCCCAAUGCCCAUAACUCCAAUGCCAAGGUAUUCCAUCAUGGAGACCCCGGUGCUGAAGAAAGAACUGGACAGGUUUGGAGUCCGCCCACUCCCCAAACGCCAGAGUUUGAAACUGAAGGAGAUUUUCCAGUACACUCAUCAGACCCUGGAGUCUGACUCUGAGGAUGAGGUCCAGUCUUCACAAGUGCCUCUGGAGGCACCUCACAGCCAGACCAUGACCACCGAGACCUACAGGCCUUCCCAGGCAGGCCACACCCAGCCCAAGGCCACUGCAGGUCCCAGGACCCAAAGGUCCAAAGGCCCUAAGACCAAGGGCCCCCGACAUCGAAAGCAGCAGCCUGUUGAAAGCAUCCUGCACCCAAGGAAGUCAGCAACUGAGGAGCCACCUCCAGGCCCUGAUGGUGACGCCCAGCUCACAGCCCCCCAGGAGUCCGUGGCCACCUAUGUGGACGGCAAUGACAGCUCCUUUAGCUCACAGAGUUCUUCCUCCUGUGAGUGUGGAGCUGCCUGGGAGUGCGCGGGAGAAGACGAGGAGGCUGAGGAGGCUGAGGAGGGGAUCGGCGGCUCACAGGCAGCCGUCCGGGCGGCGGACGCGGAGGAGGCUGUGAGGCGCUACAUCCAUUCCAAGCCAGCCUUGUACCGGAAGGUGCUGAUGUACCAGCCCCUGGAACUGGCAGAGCUGCAGGAGGAACUGAAGCAGAACGGCAUCCGUGUGGCCACCGGCAAGCUGCUGGAGGCCCUGGACGCCCACUGCAUCACCUUCACCACUGCCGCGGCCCGCAAGGAGAAGCUCAAGCAGAAGGGGCGCCGGCGCGCAGGCCGGAAGAGGGGGCAGCGGGAUUGACAGGGCCCUCCUCCCCCUGCCAGUGGCCUAGCCCCUGUCACCCCCUCUGGCCAUCUCCGGGAGGGGCUGGACACCAGCCGUCCUGCUGUGCCCAUGAGUGAUGACAGCCUCUCCUGCUCUGCCCGCUCUUUGGGGCAGUAGCUGGAGCAUGUUGCCCACUUAUUUAGGGCCCUGUGUCAGUGCACAGUCUGUCUCCCCUUAGCCUAGCAGGGCCCCUGCCAGUGUUCCAGAGGGGCAGUUAGCCACCCUAGCUGGUCAAGAAAAGGCCCAGUUCUGCCCCAUCUGCCACUGUCCUGCAGGCCCAGGCAGACUGCCCCAUGAGUGCCCCAGCUGGCCAGCCUGUCUUCCUUCUCUGCACUCAGACCAAGCCCAGCCACCACCAGCAGACCCUGUGUCCACAAGCUGCCUGCACCACCAUGCCCCAGGGGCUGCUCCUGGCCUAACCAUCUGGCCCAGACUUGUCACCAGCAGUCUCCAAACUCAGCAGUGCACAAGGGCCCAGCACAACUCUUGAAGACCCCUGAACAAGCAUGCUGUUAGUGGGUUUCAUCCACACGUGUCGCUCUGGUCUGGGAGUAGUGUGGAGCACAGGAGGAGCAGAGCUGGGGUCUCCACGUCCUGUGAACGUCCUCGUCUGUCGAAUACAGCACAGUUGGUUUUGUAUGAUGUGCAAUAAACAUAAAAAGACUUAUAAAAACCUAAAUGCUGUGGUCUGGAAAAAUCUGCAAGGGACCCAGGUUGUGAACUUGAGCUCCAGCCCCUGCUUCCCGCCUGGGAUUCCAGAGACUUCUUUGUGCCUGUUCUCCUCUAGGGUGCCAGGCCCACUGUCUCCCUUUUUCUCUGGUUUCUAGAUAAGAGACACAGAUGCUCUUUGUUCCCACACUGAAGGGAGCCCUCACUGGCUGUGCUCAGGAGGCCGGGGGACCACACCAGCUGUACCUGGGGGUCGUUUCAGGAGCAGGGUGCCUAGACCUGCCAGUCAACCUGCCGAUUACUGCCCCAACCUGUGUGCUGGGCCCUGGCUUCAUCCUGUCCCACCUAGUAGACUAGUAGAGGAGACAACCUCUGGCCUGUCCCCUGCCUAGCAUGGGGGUCAGGGCUUAGUGGCCUGAAGGGUGGCAUCAAGGACAGCUUCCUGGAAGAAGGAUUUGUGAACAGGGCAUUGAGGGCAAAUAGCACUUAGGAGAAAACAGGGCUUCUUGAAUACGUGUGUGUGCUGGUGGAGGGACCCCAGCCUGGCUCACGUUGCUCUGGCAUCCAAGGGUUGGAGAGUUCUGAUGCCCCUUCCUGGUGCUGACUUAGGAACAUGAGAGAGAAUUGCUGAGGCAGAAGGCGACUCUGGUCCUUGACCAGCUCCCCGGGGUUUGUAGUUUGGUGAUGCGCUUUGUCCUGAAACAACUGAGGAGGAGGUUGCUGCUUCCAGGAGGGAAGGGGUUACGUAAGGCGCUGCAGCUGUAUGGGCCCUGGCCCUACUGGAUUAGUCUAGUCACUGCGUUGGAAAACACCAGUGAGGCCAGCUUCCUGCACAAGGCAAGGCGAGUCCCCAGAGGCUGCUCUGCUCUGACGAGAAGAAAGCCCAGAGCCCUGCAGAAUGUUCGCUGGAUAUAUCUGGACCGCCUGUGCCUUCAGCAUUAACCAGACCUCUCAGCCUGCCCUCUUUCUGUGGCCUUGGCCUUGACCACAGCCUGCGUUUGUCCACCAAAGUAGUCAGAGGAGAACCACUGGCCCAGGCAAGGAGACUCAGGAAGGGUCCCAGGCCUGGCAGGCAGGAAGUCUCAUGCCGCUGCUGAGUUAGGAAGUGCUAACCCUGCUCCGGAUGGACAAAGAGUCCCAGACCAGUAAAAACUCAGGAACCUCUUCGUCCCCCACCCCGAACUCCCAGGAGCCAGAAUGGCUCCCCCAGCUAACUGACAAGAACAGGGAUCAGCCCUGUGGAGGCUGAUAGAUGUGCCUGGGGGAAGUCAUCCUUAUCCAGCAGAAUCAGAUGGUUCCCUGUCUAGUUCCCCUGAGAGAAUGGCUCCCCUAACUCCACUCUAUCCUGUCCAUCACAGAAGAAGCUCCUCCCAGCCUUGCCCCCUUUACCUGUGUGUCUAUAAAUAAAAGA